CUUGCUCCUAGCACAAGGAUAUACAGCAGUGGGGGCCGCAGUGGUGCUGACUAUUUUUAUUUAAUUUAUUUGGAACUUAAGCAUGCCGAUUUAACCUCAGAAAAUGGAUCUACGAGUAGCAAGCAUCCUUCUCCUCCUGGUGGCACUGGUGGCUGCCCAUGGCGAGAGAUAUGUUGUCAAGAAAGUGAUGAAAGCUCCUCAGUACCAGCCUUAUUCAGUCAAAAGCCAUGUUGUUCCUCUGGCAGGUGAGCAAGGUCCCCCAGGUGAGCCAGGCAUACCUGGAGCUCCUGGACCCCCAGGACCCCCAGGAGAGAGUGCUGAAGGACUGCCAGGACCUCAGGGACCACCUGGACCACCUGGACCUGCUGGCUACUCAGCACAUGGAAAACCAGGAACUCCAGGUGGGCCAGGCAAACCUGGUGUACCAGGUGCACCUGGAGAUAAAGGAGAGCCUGGCACACCAGGUCCUCAGGGACCAAGGGGACCACAUGGAUCUCCUGGUAUCCCUGGUCCUGCAGGUAUAUCUGCAACUGGCAAACCUGGACCAGCAGGUCUGCCUGGAGCAAUGGGACCAAGAGGAGAGACAGGUCCUAAGGGGCAUCCAGGUGUAUCUGGGCAGCCAGGACAGAAAGGAGAGAGGGGAAUUGGUAUUCGGGGACCACCUGGUGAGAGGGGGCCAUCUGGGACUAUGGGACCUGCAGGGGCACCUGGUCAGCCUGGCAUUGGUAAACAAGGUAAACCUGGAUACCCAGGUGAGCCAGGUAAGUCUGGCUCACCUGGUCGAGAUGGGGAACCAGGUGCUAUGGGACCACCUGGACUAAAAGGCCAAAGUGGAUCUCCUGGAAUUGGAAUUCCAGGUAAACCAGGUGAAAAUGGUGCUCCAGGUAUGCCUGGUACUUCUGGCCCUAAAGGUCAUCAGGGAGCCAGUGGAGCACCUGGUGCUCCUGGCAUUCCAGGUUAUGGUAAGCCAGGUGCACCUGGUAUUAAAGGUGAUACUGGUCCCGUAGGUAGCCCAGGUGUAACAGGUCAGAAAGGUGAGCCAGGUGCUAAGGGUCCCACUGGAUAUACAGGUGCAACUGGUCCCAUGGGUCCAACUGGUGCUCAAGGACCAAGAGGUUUUCAAGGAGAAAGGGGGGCUACAGGUGAGAAGGGUGUACCUGGUGCAAUGGGAUCUCCAGGCUUAAAGGGGCAUAAGGGAGAUCAGGGGGCACAAGGUGUUGAAGGCAAACAAGGUUACCCAGGUGCAACAGGCCAACCAGGCCCAAGAGGAGCUACAGGUGGUCCAGGUAGCAAAGGAGAUAUUGGCCAUACAGGUCCAACUGGUGCUCCAGGAGCACCUGGGCCUGUUGGACCUAAGGGUAUUACAGGACAUUCUGGGCCAGCUGGCGAGCGAGGCCCUGAGGGUGCCCCAGGAGCAAGAGGACCCACUGGUCCUCCUGGGCCAUCAGGACCAGCUGGUCUAAAAGGUCACCCUGGUCUCCCUGGUCUCCCUGGUCUCCCUGGCCCUGCAGGUAUCACUGCUAAAGGAGCUUCUGGACCUCAAGGUCCAUCUGGACCUCCUGGGGCUGAUGGAGCUCCUGGGGAAAAUGGACCACCUGGUCCUCCUGGCCUACCUGGUCCUCCUGGUGAGGUAAUUUUUGAAAAGGGCCCGGCACCGGCUGCCAUCAUGCUCAAGACGCCAAUGUCUGCAUUUACUGUGUCAAUUCUGACACCUUAUCCUCCAUCUGGGACCCCCAUUAAGUUUGAUCACAUUGUUUACAACUCAGAUCAUCACUAUGAUCCUGAAACAGGUCUCUUUACCUGCCAGGUUCCAGGAAUUUAUUAUUUCUCCUACAGCAUGCAUGUGAAUGGAGCAAAUGCUUUGGUGGCACUGUACAAAAACAGUGAUCCCGUUAUGUUCACCUACGAUGAGUACAACAAGGGUUUCCUCGAUCAGAUGUCAGGUAGUGUUGUCCUUCAUCUUAAUGAGCAAGACACAGUUUAUGUUCAGGUCCCCGAUGAUGAGGCAAAUGGCGUCUUUGCCGCUGAUAAUGUCCACUGCUCUUUCAGUGGCUUCCUGAUCGCCUCUACGUGAUACGGUAGUAAGACCAUAUCAUAUCUUCUAAACCCUCUUGCUAUUUCUCAAACAAGAAAAAAAUGGCAUGUUUAAUUAAACAGGCUUUUACUCAGUGUUGAGAAAUAGAAGCAUCUUGACUUGAAAAUUCCAAGUAGUGGGUGCCAAUAAGAAGGACAUUAUACAACAGGUUAUCAGGGAGAGAAAGGCAGUUAAAAGGCCUGAACAGUUAUCUUUAUUUUCUUUUGAGGGUGAAGAAAGCAUGUGAAGUUUAAUGAUUAUUUCUUGUCCUGACAAUUGCUUUUCAUUUGUUUAUUUUAUCACAGAGGGUGGUUUAAAUUUUUAUCUGUUUUUUAACCUUGUUAUUGGUGACUUUAAUACCUUGUUGGUUACAAAAAGAGAAUGUUGUUCCUGACAUCCUUGCAUCUGACUUGAAUAUUAUGAAAUGGUCAAAUUGAUCAUAAAGAAACACACCAGACAAACUAAACACUUAAUGUUUUCCAAAUGUGUUAUGCAUAAAAAAUACCUGUGCUUUAUAAACCAUAAUGACUGAAAUAAACUGUCUUAAAGAA